GAGAAUCAGUAAGAAAUGGCUGAUUCCCCAGUAAACAUGUCGCAGGGUCUGUUGACAUUCGGGGAUGUAGCUGUGGACUUCCCCCAGGAGGAGUGGGAAUGCCUGGACUCUGCUCAGAGGGCUUUGUACAUUGAUGUGAUGUUGGAAAAUUACAGCAACCUGGUCUCUGUGGAGAACUAUUGCAAAUGUGAUCCUGUCCAUCAACACAUAACUAAUGAAAAGGAGUAUUCUCAAUAUAAUAAGCUUGACAAAGUGCUUGAUGACCCCUCUACAAGUACACUUUAUAAAACAGGUGAAACUACAGAAAACUCUAAUAACUACACUUGCAGUAACCACAGGGAUGCUUCUACUGACUCAUCAAACCCAGACAGACAUGAAAGCAUGCACACUGGAAAAGAAACUUGCAAAUCUAAAGAUUGUGAGAAAUCUUUAAAUCUGUGUUCCAACAUGACUCAAGAUCAGAGACUCUAUACUACAAAGAAAGAGCACAGGCAGCGAGAAUAUGAUGACUAUUUCAGCGCUGCAUACAGUCUUUUGCAACAACCAAUCUAUAUUGGAGAAACACCGUACCAAUGUGGGAAAUGUGAGAAAUGCUUCAGUACUGCCUCAAGCCUUACUGUACAUGAGAGAAUUCAUACUGGAAAAAAACCCUACAAGUGCAACUUUUGUGACAAAUCAUUUAACCAGUGUGCAAAUCUAAAAACACAUCAGAGACUUCAUACUGGAGAGAAACCUUACAAAUGUAAAGAAUGUGGAAAGUCAUUUCCACAGCUGUCAGCACUUAAAAGCCAUCAAAAAUUGCAUACUGGAGAGAAGCCUUACAAAUGUAAGGACUGUGACAAAUUGUUUGCCCACUGUUCCAGUUUCAGGAGACAUCAGAAAAUCCAUACUGAUGAGGAACAUUAUAGCUGUGAAGAAUGUGGCAAGGUCUUUCAUCAGAUUUCACACCUUAAAAGCCAUUACAGACUCCAUACUGGAGAGAAGCCUUACAAAUGCAAUGACUGUGACAGAUCCUUUCCCCACUAUUCAUCAUUGAGUAGGCAUCAGAAAACUCAUUCUCUAGAGAAUUUUCACAAAUGCAAAGAAUGUGGUAAGCCCUUUCUUGAAUUAUCACAUCUUAAAAGACAUUACAGGAUCCAUACUGGUGAGAAGCCUUACAAAUGUGAGGUAUGUGACAGAUCCUUUACUGUGAAUUCAACUCUUAGAACACACCAGAAAAUUCAUACUGGGGAGAAACCUCACAAAUGUGAGGUAUGUGACAAAUCCUUUACCAAGUACUCACAUCUUAAAAGACAUCAGAGUAUUCACACUGGAGAGAGACCUUACAGAUGUAAGGAAUGUGACAGAUCUUUUACUGAGUUCUCAACUCUUAGAGAACAUCAGAAAAUACAUACUGGAGAGAAACCCUACAAAUGUGGAGAAUGUGACAAAUCCUUCAUCCAGCGGUCAAAUCUUAGAAUACAUCAGAGAAUUCAUACUGGAGAGAGACCUUACGUAUGUAAAGAAUGUAACAAAUCUUUUACUAAGUGUUCAACUCUUCAAGCACAUCAGAAAAUUCAUACUGGAGAGAAACCUUACAAAUGUAUGGAAUGUAACAAAUCUUUUACCCAGGACUCACAUCUUAGAACACAUCGCAGAGUUCAUACUGGAGAGAGACCUUACAGUUGUAAGGAAUGUGGCAAAUCUUUUACUAGGCGCUCAUAUGUUAAAGCACAUCAGAAAAUUCAUACUGGAGAGAAACCAUACAAAUGCAAAGACUGUGGCUUUUCCUUUAUCCAGAUGUCAAAUCUUAGAAGACAUCAAAAAAUUCAUACUGAAGAGAAAAAUACUGUUGUAAAUAAUGUGACAUAGCAUUUUCUGGUGUUCUCUGUUUACAAAUCACAACAGUAUACAAAAUAGAUAUAGAUAAGAAAAAUUUGAAAGUCUUUAAUGAAGGUUUACAUUUAAAACAAUAUCCUAGAGUGUAUAUUAAAAUAAAACUCUACAAAUGUAA